GAAGUUGAAGUGACAAUCUUAAGAUACUGGCUGCUCUCUAUGGACUUCACUGUGUUUGAUUCCUCCCACUUCAGAUUUUGCUCGAAUCUCGUCAAAAGAUCUUCCGACCAAAUCCGCAAUAUGCCGGGGUUGACUUCCGCCGCGUCGGUUAGCGCCCUGGAGCUGGGGUCCAAGGGCAGCUGGGAGAACCUGAAGAAGGCCGAUGGUCUCAAAGACCGAGCCAGCACUGUGCACGACCUCAAGUACUACGUUGAAGAGCAAAAGCGUCUGUACCAGGAACUUCCCUUCCGCGUACUACCGGGCAUGCGUCGCCGGUCUUUCCGUAGCGAACGAGAGUUCCCACAGCUGCGUCCACGCAGCUCCUGGGCCAAUCUAUCUCGACUUAUCAAGAAGCAUGGGGACCAGAAGCCGUUGCUUGAGGAGGAAGUGGAGCCUGGGUACACGUAUCCGUUGCUGUUGUCCUGCAUGGUGGCCGUCGUUAGCGCCUUCCAGUAUGGCUACAACACGGCUGUGACGGGCGCAAUGAACCCCGCCGUGGUGUUUCCUGGCCACUCGGACAUGCUGUGGGCUCUGUGUGUCUCAAGUUUCGCAGUCGGCGGACCUAUCGGCUCCCUCGCUGGAGGCCAAUUGAGCGGCCAACUCGGUCGCAAGAGGACGAUGCUCGCCAACUCCUGCCUCUUCCUCGUAUCCGGCGUUGUCAUGGCUUUUGCAAUCAACAUGUACAUGCUGAUUAUCGGUCGAUUCCUCGUUGGAAUCGCGUCGGGCACAGCGACAGUUGUGGUCCCGCUGUAUCUCGGCGAACUGGCGCCACCCAAUCUCCGUGGAGCCCUUGGAACAACGUACCAAUUGGCAAUGGUGAUUGGUAUUUUGGCCACAGAUAUCCUGGCUUUCGGCUUUGCUGGAGAGAGUCAAAGCCUCACACACCCGGGAUGGCGCCUCAUGUUUGGGUUCGCUGGGAUCCUUGGAGUCUUUCAAAUUCUAUUGACCCCACUACUGAUUGAAAGUCCACGUUGGUUGUUGAACAAUGGCGAAGAAAAAGAAGCUGAGCACACUUUGCGUCGUCUGCGUCAGACUGACGACGUGUUCGAUGAGAUCGACAGUAUUUCUGCUGCCAGUUUCAGCGAAUCUGGCGAUGUCCAGGGCGUGGGAGAAGUUUUACGUGAUAAGAGUAUCCGUUUGCCUCUUCUGGUCGCUGUGGUGCUGCAGUGCGCUCAGCAGUUGAGCGGUAUCAACGCUGUCAUGUUCUACGCGAGCUCGUUCUUCCAGAAUGCUGGGCUGGAGAACCCACUGGUUGGGAUCACGCUGGUUUACAUUGUAAAUGUAUUGGCGACGGUUGUUGCGCUUAUGCUAAUGGACUCGGCUGGACGCCGUCCACUGUUAUUGUGGUCUACCAUGGGAAUGCUCGUGUCGAGUGGAAUUUUGACUGUCGGGCUGCUGGAUUUACUGCCAUUCGGAAGUCUCUUCAGCGUGGGCGGCGUCAUGAGUUUCGUGUGGUUCUUUGAGAUCGGACUAGGUCCAAUCCCAUGGCUGAUUGCGGCCGAGAUGUUCCCUGCCAAGUCGCGUACAACGGCUACUUCGAUCGCCACGAUGGUCAACUGGUUGGGAUUAUUCAUCAUUGGUAUCUUCUUCCCGACUAUGCAGGGAGCUCUGGGCGACUACAUCUUCGUUCCAUUUGCCUUUCUACUGGGCUUGGCGCUUGUAUUUUCAUUCAAAUACGUGCCAGAGACGAAGGGCAAGACUGUGGACGAGAUCCAAGACGAACUCAACGCACAGUAGCGUAGAGAACGAUGACAGUGCAAAACUUUUUUUUUUCUUAACAUUUCAAUUGCAUACCUUAUGAUUUUUUCUAGUCCCCAGA